ACUUCAGUCUUUCUCCCUAUAUAUACCCCUCACUAGCUCAUUCCUCAUUCUUCCUACCAUAACACAAUUCUACAAGAAAAACAUACACUUUUAGUACUAUAUCUAUAAGUAUUUGAAAGCACUCUAUAUAUACCCCUCACUAGCUCAUUCCUCAUUCUUCCUACCAUAACACAAUUCUACAAGAAAAACAUACACUUUUAGUACUAUAUCUAUAAGUAUUUGAAAGCACUACAAAUACUUUCAUCUUCUUAAUUCUCUUCAAUAUUUAAUUUCUUCACUUUUAUUAAGCUCAUUAAGAAAAAAAAAAUGGGAUUUGAGUGUGCAAAGAACAACGCAAUCUUGUCAAAGCUGGCUACUAACGAAGAACAUGGCGAAAACUCCCCAUAUUUUGAUGGGUGGAAAGCAUACGAUAACGAUCCUUUUCACCCUCUGAAGAACCCUAAUGGAGUUAUCCAGAUGGGCCUUGCUGAAAAUCAGCUUUGUUUUGACUUGAUAGAAGAGUGGAUUAAGAGAAACCCAAAAGCUUCCAUUUGUUCCAAUGAAGGAAUCAAAUCAUUCAAGGCCAUUGCCAACUUCCAAGAUUAUCACGGCUUGCCUGAAUUCAGAAGAGCUAUUGCGAAGUUUAUGGAGAAAACAAGAGGGGGAAGAGUUAGAUUUGAUCCAGAAAGAGUAGUUAUGGCUGGUGGUGCCACUGGAGCCAAUGAGUCAAUUAUAUUUUGUUUGGCUGAUCCAGGCGAUGCAUUCUUAGUACCUUCACCAUACUACCCAGCAUUUAACAGAGAUCUAAGAUGGAGAACUGGUGUACAACUCAUUCCAAUUCACUGUGAGAGCUCCAACAAUUUCCAAAUUACCGCAAAAGCAGUAAAAGAAGCCUAUGAAAAUGCCCAAAAAUCAAACAUCAAAGUAAAAGGCUUGAUUUUGACCAACCCAUCAAAUCCACUAGGCACCACUUUGGACAAACACACACUGAAAAGUCUCUUGAACUUCACCAACCAACACAACCUCCACCUUGUUUGCGACGAAAUCUACGCUGCCACUGUCUUUGACAUGCCUCAAUUCGUCAGCAUUGCUGAAAUCGUAGAAGACAACGAAAUGAGUCAUUGCAACAAAGAUUUGGUCCACAUUGUCUAUAGUCUUUCUAAAGACAUGGGUUUACCAGGAUUUAGAAUUGGAAUUAUAUAUUCUUUCAACGAUGCUGUCGUUAGUUGCGCUAGAAAAAUGUCGAGCUUCGGUUUAGUUUCCACGCAGACGCAGCAUUUCCUCGCUGCGAUGCUCAACGACGAAAAAUUCGUCGUCAAUUACCUCGCAGAAAGUGCGAGGAGGUUAGCUAAUAGGCACAAACAUUUUACCAAUGGACUAGAGGAAGUAGGCAUUACAUGCUUAAAAAACAAUGCAGGACUUUUUUGUUGGAUGGACUUGCGAAAACUUUUAAGGGACUCCACAUUCGAUUCCGAAAUGUCGUUAUGGAGGGUGAUUAUAAACGAUGUGAAGCUCAAUGUCUCGCCAGGAUCUUCAUUUGAUUGUCAAGAACCGGGAUGGUUCAGGGUUUGUUUCGCGAAUAUGGAUGAUGGAACAGUGGAUAUCGCGCUCGCGAGGAUUCGGAGGUUUGUAGGUGUUAAGAAAAGUGGAGAUGAAUCGAAUGCGAUGGAAAAGAAGCAACAAUGGAAGAAGAAUAAUUUGCGACUUAGUUUUUCGAAAAGAAUGUACGAUGAAAGUGUUUUGUCACCACUUUCGUCACCAAUUCCCCAUUCCCCAUUAGUUCGCUAGAAAUUAAAAGGGAAGGAAGAAUAUUAAUUUUUGUUUUUUAAGAAGAAGAUAAAAUAAGAAUGUAGGAGGAGGAUUCUUUUCAGAAAUAAUUGUUGUUAGCAUCUAUAUGUAUUUACUACUGAUCUAUGUACUUUGGCAUCAUUAUUGUCUAGCUAAUGGAAUACAAAAAUUAAAGUUAUGUUACGAUCCUUAAA